GGUCAGAGGACAACGUGUGAGAGUCAGUUCUCUCCUACCACUGUGGUUCCCUGGGAUCAAACUCAAGAGGCCAGGCGUGGCGCCAAGUGCCCCUUAGCUGCCGAGCCAUCUCUAGGUCCUGAACACCGCCACCUGCUUGCUACAGGAAUCAUUGUAAUCCCCUGUCCCUGUCUUAAACGCCAUCCAAGAUGACCUAGGGCGCUGCCUGCAGUCCCUCUUUCCCCCAAAGUUCCUCCCCAUCCACAGAAACCAGAUCCUCUCGGGCUCCACCCCCUCCUCUUUAAGUGUCUCACCCAGCCCAGGUCGUUUACCUGCCACUUUGGAGUGAGUCAUGUGCGGUGGCAGUCUCUGCCCGAGCCGUUCACCUGUGUCCUCAGAGGGUUCCGCAGCGCCCGACAGCACAGUGGGAUCCCAAAACAAAGGCGGUGGGCUCCCGGAGCCGGCGCCGCCGGUUCAGUCCUCGGACCCCGGCUCCGUGGUGGUCCCAGAGCGCGAGGAUAUGCCGGAGGAGUUGGUGGUGACGGCGCUGCUGGCGCCCUCCCGCCUCUCGCUGAAGCUGCUGCGCGCCUUGGUGAUGAGCCUGGUGUAUCUGGCUGCCUUGGUGGCCGCCUUUGUCUACAGCUGCAUCGCGCUCACCACCGUGCUGUGCCGCCCCCGCCGGGGCUGCUGCGGCCGCCAGCGGUUGUCAGCGCCAGACUGCCUGAGAGACCCCACGCUGGGCGAGCACUGCUUUCUGACCCUCAGGAGUUCGGGCCUACGUCUGCACUAUGUCUCUGCUGGUCGCGGCAACGGGCCCCUCAUGCUAUUUCUGCAUGGCUUCCCAGAGAACUGGUUCUCCUGGCGCUACCAGCUGCGGGAGUUCCAGAGCCGUUUCCACGUGGUAGCUGUGGACCUGCGUGGUUAUGGCCCCUCAGAUGCUCCAAAGGAUGUGGACUGUUACACCGUUGACCUGCUGUUGGCUGAUAUCAAGGAUGUCAUUCUAGGCCUGGGGUACUCCAAGUCCAUCCUUGUGAGCCAUGACUGGGGGGCUGUCCUUGCCUGGAAUUUCUCCAUCUACUUCCCAUCCCUAGUGGAGCGGAUGGUCGUGGUCAGCGGACCCCCUAUGUCGGUGUUCCAAGAAUACUCAACCCGCCACAUUGGCCAGUUAUUCCGAUCAAACUACAUGUUCCUGUUCCAGCUUCCCUGGCUGCCAGAGACGCUCUUGUCUUUGUCGGACUUCCAGAUUCUGAAAGCCGUGCUCACCCACCACAAGACGGGCAUCCCACGUCUGACCCCUUGUGAACUUGAAGCUUUCCUGUAUCACUUCUCGCAACCUGGAGGCCUCACGGGGCCCAUCAACUACUAUCGAAACCUGUUCAGGAACUUCCCGCUGGAGCCCCAAGAACUGUCCACACCCACGCUGCUGCUGUGGGGGGAGAAAGACCACACCUUACAGCAGGGGCUUGUGGGAGCCAUUGGGAGUCGUUUUGUGCCAGGUCGGCUGGAAAGCCACAUCCUGCCAGGCAGUGGGCACUGGAUUCCACAGACCCAUCCUCAGGAGAUGCAUCAGUACAUGUGGGCCUUCUUGCAAGACCUACUGGACUAGUGGCCCCUGCUCGCCAGCCAACAGGUACAUAAUGUGCAGGAGCACACACCUUCCGUCCUUGUGGACCUGAGAGUCCGUGCAGUGUGUGCACACAGGAUGGACUCCCAGCUCCCCCACAGCACAUGACCCCGCUGUUGCACACAAAAGCACCUGUGGGUGCCCUGCCCCACACAUAGCAUGGCUGUUUGACUCCGGUAGCCAAGAAUGCUUCUCCCUUGUGGAGUUAGAAGAUGACACUGUCUUACCUCUCUUUUCCAAAGCGUCCCUGCCCCGGUGGCUACAUAAACCACAAAUUCUAACCUUUCUGUCUUGUUCUCUACCUCUAGUCUGCAGCUUAGGUCUUCCCCAAUGUUGCAAGCAAUAUAUUUCUUUUUUUUUUUUUUUUUUUUUUGAGACAGGGUUUCUCUGUGUAGCCCUGACUCUCCUGGAACUCACUCUGUAGACAAGGCUAGCCUCAAACUCACAGAGAUCUGCCUGCCUCUGCCUACAGAGUACUGGGAUUAAAGGCGUGUGCCACCAUCACCAGCUGCAUUCAAUUUAUUUCUAACCCACAAGGAUAGUUCAAUUUACAUGUUAAUUAGCUGAAAUGAAAUUUCCCUCCGGAGCUGGGAAGGUGGCUCAGUGGUGAAGAGCAUCUGUUGCUCCUGUAGAGGACCUGAGUUCAGUUCUCAGCACUCAUGGAGUUUCACAGCCAUCUGUAACUCCGUGUCCAGGGGAUCUGACACCCUCUUCUGGCAUCCCUGAGCAACAGGCCUGCACAUAGUGCAUAUACAUACAUGCAUACAUGCAUACAUACAUACAUACAUGCAAUCAAAAUACUCCUACACAUAAAAAAUUCAAUAAAA